AUGAUGGAACCCCAAGAAGACGAUUCAAACAUGUUAGGAGCUGAAGAAGAAAAUAAAGCCACGGCGGGAGUCAGAGAAGAAGGCGGUGGAAUUGUCCCGGGAGCUAGGUAUUCUAACGUGCAGUUCAGCAAAAACAUGACCAGCGAGGAGCUGUUGGAGAGUUUGAAAUAUUUGAUAGGGCCAGGAGCAGAGGAUGAGAAAAAGCGAAGAGUAAUCAAGUGGUCCCAGACGGAGAAGGGUAGGAGAAAAUCUGCAGAAGGUCAAGCUCGCAAUAAGGAGAAGAAGAUUGAAAAGAUCAAAAAGUUCCAGAUGCGGGGGGAAAUUGAGAUCGCAAGAGAUGCGCAGAGGGCGGAACGCAGAGCAAUAGCCGAGGUAAAACUUAGAUGGGACGCAGAACAUCCGGAAGAGGCAGCAAAGAGGGAGAUGGGGCUGUCGACUGCAACAGACAGAAACAUGAUGAAGUCGGACGCUGCGCGUGGUGUGGCAGAGGAGGCUGUCGAGGCUGAUGCUUUGAAGGCAGAGGAGAUGGCUGAUGACGAUUCUGAUGUUAAUAUGAUGAAGGGUUUGGAGUAUGCUGGGAACUCAACAUUCACACUGUCUAUCAGAAGAAAAUAG